UUUAUUAACCCAGAUAAGAUUUUAAUUCAUCAGUUGUGAGACAGAAUAUCAGAAUAACUAAAUGACAUUUCGUCAUCAUAAUAAUAAUAUUUCAGGGCCAGCUUCCUGAUCUUCUUCAUCAGUAAGGAAAGCACAAGGCUCUUGAGUAACUUUUGCAUACUUGAAAUGGCAACGGAACCUGGAAAGGACAGUGUCAAUAAUGUACCAGCCAGCUCAACAUCCACGAGUAGAAAAAGUCAAUGGGUAAAAUUAAACGUGGGAGGAACUGUGUUCAUGACGACAAGGACAACACUUUGUAGAGAUCCAAAGUCUUUUCUUUACAGACUUGUCCAAGAUGAACCUGACCUUAACACGGAUAAGGAUGACAAUGGUGCCUACCUGAUUGAUAGAGAUCCUACCUAUUUUGGUCCAGUUCUGAAUUAUCUACGACAUGGAAAAUUAGUCAUCAAUAGAGAUCUAGCUGAGGAAGGAAUCCUAGAGGAAGCAGAGUUCUACAACAUAACAGAUUUGAUCAAGUUGGUGAAGGAGAAAAUUGUGGAAAGAAAUGCGAAGCAAAAUCAGUCAUUCACUAAAAGUGUCUACCGUGUCCUGCAAUGCUCAGAGGAAGAAUUAACACAAAUUGUGUCGGCCAUGUCUGAUGGGUGGAAGUUUGAACAACUUGUGAAUAUUGGAUCCCAGUAUAACUACGGCAGUGAGGACCAUGCUGAGUUUUUGUGUGUUGUAUCUAAAGAGUGUCCGAACAUUGUUAAUGGCCAGGACCCAGAACCAACUGACAGAGCAAAGGUGUUACAACAGAAAGGAUCGAGAAUCUAGGGAACACCUUUGGUGAGAGCAGAAUCCUGCUCACAGAUAUGCUCACAAUGUAAACAGAUUGACAGUGGAAAAUUACAAGCCAAAUGUCAACAACCAAAAGCAUGUCAUUAGUAUGAUUGGACAACUUUUUUAUUUACUAUUUUUAUGUAUUUUUGAAAGCUUAAGUCUCCUUAAGACAGAGCUACAUAAUUAUAUAUAUAUACACUGUACAGGGAAAUGUGUAAAAGUAAUAAGCCAACCUCCGGUCCAUUCCAACAAAAUUUUCAGAUGAAUGCAAUAUAAAAAAAUCAUGUGAAAGAAAAUAAUGGGCUAGAACAUCAGGAAAAAUCACAGUGAAAUAUCAAGCACUCCGGAAAAAUACAAAAGAACUCUGCUGAUCGGGCAAUGACAGGCAAUUACAGGCUUUUAUGUGUCAAAUUACUGUCACUUGAUAAUUACAUGUACUAUCCAUGAAUUCAACCGACCGGAGGUUUACAAUAUACAUUUGUAACCUCUGAUAUUAUAGGUGGUAUUUCAAGUGCUAUAAUGUUCAUAUUGCAAUAUUUUGGAAUAUCAUAAUGCAUCAUGAUAUGUGAACUUGUAUUUCUUAUAUAUUCAAUGCAUUUACGGUGAUUUAAUAUAGAAAGUGUAAAAAACUUAGGAUCAGCAAAUGUCACCGAUAAACUUGAUUUUUUAAUUAUAGAAAGUAUAUCAAACAAAGCUCGCAUUGAAAUAGUAUUUACUCAGUACAUUAUAUUUUAAAAUUAAUCUUAACUUUGCUUGAAUUCUUAAACAAAACAACUGAAAUCAUGUUGCAAUGCAUUGGCAUUUCAGAAUUGUAUUGUAAUAUAUAAGUAUUACAUUGUUAUUACCCACCUGUCUGAGAGUUUCAUAUUUCAUAUUAGUAUGUACAUUCAUCUCAUUAUCAUUGUAACUAGGGUUGGAGUUUGCUUUGGUCAUGCUCAGAAUGGUAUAAUUCUUGGGUGAGUUAGACAUUCAUCACACCAUGGACUUGACGAUGGCAAGCAACAACACUUACACAUACAUAUACAAAGUACUGUCAAUUACUGUACAUUUGUGUAUCCAUUAUACAUUUAUACAAAUUUAAAGUGCUGUCAAGUGUUGAAAUGUUAUGGAAGAUUUCCAUGCAAAUCAGUGACACCAUAUUUCAUUGUUGAUCUCACAACUCAGUGACAUCAUUUUUCAUUGUUGACAUAAUUUUCCAUUGUUGGUGUACUUGUAUUGCCUCCUUCUCGUGAUCAUCUGUAAACAGGUUACAGUUGGUAGGGUCCAACACCAAUAGAAAGAGAAUCAUGUUAUCAUGAAUAAAAAUGUUAUUUUUAUGUUACCAUUUGUUUAUUAUUUUAGUUGUGCUUAGCGUAAACAGGUGUUAUACUGAUAACUGGUGAAUCUAUCGUUAUAUAUUGUUACAUGUUUUGAGAAUGCAUUGCACUUCCUAUUGUGUGUGUGUGUGUAGUUAUGUGGAUAUUGCUACAGGCAGUGAGGGAUGUGUCCAGUGUUGUUUGCCUAGCUCCAUUUUUUACUACCUGUUCUAAGUGAAUAAAUAAGAUAUUUGUGUUUAAGAGUAAACAAAUAGUCAUUCCUAUGACAUUUAAAUACACAUGAGAAACAUCUACUAUAGAUUAAUUGAUGCAGAUUUGUUAAUCGAGUCUGUUGUGUAAAUCUGGUGGUCAAGUGAAACUUUUGAACAUUUAUUUAAGUUUGUCUGUAUUAGGUUAUACAAAAUGUAACCUUACAAUGAUAUACUAGAAUUUAAACCAGCAACUGCAUAUGGUAUUAAAAAAAUGAUUUUAUUGGUAAAUAAUUAUGUUUGUGUUAGUCGUAAGGAAUGGUAAAUAAAUAUAUUACAGUCAUAAGGAAUGGUAAAUAAAUAUAUUACAGUCGUAAGGAAUGGUAAAUAAAUAUAUUUAUGUUACAGUUGUAAGGAUUGAUAAAUAAUUAUGUUUAUGUUACAAUCAUAAGGAAUUUGGUAAAUAAUUAUGUUUAUGUUACAAUCAUAAGGAAUUUGGUAAAUAAUUAUGUUUAUGUUACAGUUGUAAGGUUUGAUAAAUAAUUAUGUUUAUGUUACAAUCAUAAGGAUUGAUAAAUAAUUCAUAAGGAAUUUGGUAAAUAAUUAUGUUUGUUACAUUUGUAAGGAUUGGUAAAUAAUUAUGUUUAUGUUACAAUCAUAAGGAUUGAUAAAUAAUUCAUAAGGAAUUUGGUAAAUAAUUAUGUUUGUUACAUUUGUAAGGAUUGGAAGAUAAUUAUGUUUAUGUUACAGUCACGAGACUUGACAGAAACAAUAGCAGCUUUGCAUCAUACAGAUUUUCUUACAGUCAAGAAUAAGACAGAUUCUCGUUUUCCAGAUCAGAGGUGCUAGGUGUAUAAAAAAAAAUUAACUAAAGAAAUUCCCUUAACUUCACUAGUUAUAAUGCAAUUCGAUGGAAGAGCUUCUAGGUCAAAGGAAAGUUUGGCCAGGCUAUUAUCAUCUACUGAGGUAGCAUGAUAUAUAUAGUAUACACGAAUCAUGCAGUAAGACAGGUCUGCCCAGAUUAGUCAGCACUAGAUAAACAUCCAGAAGUAUUCAGUAGCCUCUACUAUCUGAAGCAUUAUGUAGAAUUAAUCUGUGUUUAAACGUCUGUAAGUUUUAUAUACAUUUUUCUGGAAUAGUCAGUUUCUGUAUCGGUUAUGAUUGCGAAAAAGUAUUGCACUUAGAAACUGUUUUAGUGAUGUUUGUACUAAUGUUUGAAGUGAGAUCCAUGCUGAUUUAGUGUUCAUACAUGAUAAAAUGUUUCUAUGGUUCUGGAUAAUAAUGAUGUUUCCUAAGAAGGUAUGCUAUAUUAUAUCAACUUGUUGUUUUGUAUUGUAUAUUUAAUCGAUCUAUGGAAAGACGGUUACAUCUGUAUUUCAGCUCACCUGACCCAAAUGGGCAUUUGAGAUUAUGUCAUGGCAAAGUAUCCGUCGUCUGCAGAAUGGGGCAUCAGGGUUAAUACUCAGUAGAUGAUAAUUAUAUUUAAUUCUUCCUCUUUUGUACCAGAUACCAAAAUUUGAUCUGUAACAACAAUAAAAGUGGAAUCAGAUACAUUGAUGUCAGGUGGGUUGGACCAUGUAAUCCUCACCCCUCGACUAGAUACAUCAAUGUCAGGUGGGUUGGACCAUGUAAUCCUCUCCCCUCGACUAGAUACAUUGAUGUCAGGUGGGAUGGACCAUAACAUGUAAUCCUCACCCCUCGACUAGAUACAUCAAUGUCAGGUGGGUUGGACCAUGUAAUCCUCACCCCUCGACUAGAUACAUUGAUGUCAGGUGGGUUGGACCAUGUAAUCCUCACCCCUCGACUAGAUACAUCAAUGUCAGGUGGGUUGGACCAUGUAAUCCUCUCCCCUCGACUAGAUACAUCGAUGCCAAGUAGGUUAUUCCAAAACAUGUUAUCCUCAGCCCAUGACUAUAUACAUUGAUGUCCGGUGGGUUGGACCAUAACAUGUAAUCCUCAGCCCUCGACUAGAUACUUUCUUUGUUUAUUGUAAGAGAUUAAUUUCCCCUCCGAGACCAUUGAAGCAAUUUUUGUAUAAAGAGUUAGCUCCCAAUGCUGAAAAAUUGUGUAAACCUGAUUAACCUACUGUUUAUAAUGACCACUCGGUUGUACUUUAACCAGAUUUUUAUAUGAAAACAACCUUGGGACCAGGAGAGUAAAUGUUAUAUAAAGUAAGGAUGUUGUUCUGUAUUAUGAUCAAGGUGAGCGAUUCAGGUCGUUUUGUUUAGAGAUAGAAGUUUUUUUCAUUCAAAGAUAUUGCAACCCCAGUUAAAUGAAGAUGUUUAUAGCUAAGAUGUCUUCAUGUAACAAAUACAUAUUGGAAAUUGGUGGGUUGUUGUCUCCCUAGCCAGUCUCUCCAUUGGCUUUUAGGAAGUACACAGGUUAUUGUUGGUUGUGUUUUAGUGUUAACAUUGGUAUUGAGUUACAUGGUAAACAUAUUUGUGCUAAGAUUUUGUAAGUCUGAUGACCUAUGAAAGUCAUGCAAGCUUUUAAUAGUGAUCAAAAUUUGCUGUAUUAUGUCGUGUCUGCAGAUUAGCCCCAGCUCACAAAUAAGCUCCCUCCCUACAAUGAUGAAUGUUCCAAGGAAUAGGGUGCUUACUUGUAAUUAAACCCUCACUUUUUAAGCUAGGGCACUGUAAAACACAAACUCUACUGAAUAUUUACUAUAAAAGAAACCUGUCGUGUAUAUAAUACUAAGUAUGGUGUAUAGGACUUGUCCUGAUUGGUCAGGUAAGGUAUAACCACAUUGUCAUUGUAGGUUUAUCAAUGACAGGUGUUCACUGAUCAGCCUCUAUAGUCACACUCCUAUCACAUUCAGUAUGAUUCGCCUGCAUGGUGGUAUAUAAAGCACAAAGCUGCCAAUUGCAACUUCUCAGGGCAAUGGAAGAUGGGACAAAUCCGAUCAAACUCAUAAGCUGUUCUUUUCUCCCCAUUAUUUUUCUUUGAUAAAACCUUUAGAUCACUUGGUCCAAAAAAAUAACUGUUGUGGUGCAUCGUCUGUCAGUCAUCAUGUUUUCCUUAAAAAGAAAACUAGUCAUGAAUAAUAAAGAAUUUUGACUAAUUUUGGCAAGUAGCAUUUCUGAAAACUGAAAGCUAUAAGAAAUUAAUUCAAUAGACUUUUUUUUUUUUUAAUUUGGCAUAAAAGUGAAGGAAAUUCAGUGUUGUGAAGAGUGUGUAGCUCCUCAUUCGUCUCAAGCUCUGGCCAUUUGAAAAUGAAGGUGAUCUCUUGAUUGGCUGUUGAUUUCCCAAGUUUCACAAGAUCAAUACCAAAUGAAUUAUUCAGAAUGAUGAACCACAUGCCUCACUCUUUAGACUUUCAUUCCAGCCACUUCACUUUUUUUUUAAUUCUUUAGAUCAAUUAAAAAAUAAUGUAAAUUAUCACCAUGAUUCCAAGUUUGAGGAAACAUUUCAGUUUCUUUGUGCAGAUAACAAAGAAAUGCCGAGUGUAAUGAGUAAGCAAUACUGACCAAUCAUCAGAUAUUUUACAAUUUAAGAUUUUCUAUCACUCAUUCAUAAUUUUUUAAGCAUGUUACCAGGUAGAUGAUCUAUUGAUCAAAGCAGAUAUCCUUGCAUAGCAAAAUGGUCCAGUUUCAUAAUCACGACACAAAUUUCAUUGAUCUGGGUUGAAUGCACUUUUUUUUUUUUUUUUGAUAAUUUCACUCGACAUUCAAGAGCCCCAAAUGAAAACUGCAUGCAGGCAAUGCAGAUCAUUGAUUUGGGAUUGAUAAGGUCAUGCAGUACAUUUCUGUCAUAUUGGUAGAAUCUUAUAACACCUGAGCAUUUAUGAAUUGAUAUGCAUACAAUUUUGUCUAUACGUAAAGUGAUAUUUUCAUUAAAUUUAUAAAUGUG